CUUGUCCCGAUUUGGCGCGGCUCUCGGGCUCCCGCGUCACUCGCCGCAAGAACUCCAACCGCGAGCGCCGACAUGGAUGAGACAGCUUCAGAUGACGUAUCGUUAGCCUUGUAUCAGAUAACCAGUACACUCUGAGUUUAUUCGCAAUGCUACAAGCUAUAUGCUAGCAAAUGAUGCCCCAAUCACCGCCAUCCACCUCGUGAUUGUUUAAGAACCGCCAGCAAUGUCUGACCCCCAUGGCAACGGCAAGGAAGCUGCGGAAGCCCAUCGCGAGAAACCGCUGUUCUUCUCCACGAAUCGGAAGCUGCGCCAUCUACAAGGUGUUUCUAUCCGUAAUCUGUUGAUUACGCCUCCUACACGGCUUCGCGGGAAGACUAUAGACGAUGAUGACAUUCCGCAGUCUCUGAUAACGCCUACCAAACUGAUCGCGCAGGAAGAGAAUCAAUCUUUGGCACACUCCCGCUCGUAUACGGACCUCAAAUCAUCGCUGUCAUCUGACGCGCCUGCCGUCAGUGGCAAAGGCAACAAACGCAAUGACGAGAGAAUCAAAGAAUCGCGACGACGUAGACGAAGCACCUUGGCUUGGAGUGGGGGGGAUAUGGAGAGUCGACAAAGCAAGCUCGAGGAUAUUUCUCGUAGCCGCCUGGCGACUACUUGGUUCUCAAUACAUUGCGACGGAAUUGACGAUCCCGUGUAUAUCAGCGAAGUCGUCGAGAACGCAAUGAACCCUGCGUUCCGGUUUUUCGAUCUGAACGAGUGCGGCCCGUAUGUCUCGAGACAGGAUGAAUUGACCCUGAAGUUAUGGGCUAAAUCAGACAGUAUGAGCGAAUUCAUGCUGCUGCUUGAACUCCAGCUCAGUCUACGGUCUCUGCAAUUCCUCGGGAAAUCUCUGGAGACUUUCCAUCAUCCUUUACCUACUAAUUGCGUCUUAUUCCAUUUCCCCGAUGGUAUUUUCACCAAUCUCACUGGGUUGCCACCAUCACAAUCUAUUAUACCAACCGCUGCUCCUAAGAACGCUUUGCGGAAUGAACCUCAGCCUACUUCUUCCUACGAUGCCCUGAUGCGGUUAGCAAAUCUGGAUGAAUGUAUCCAGGAUGCACUAGCCACAAGGGGGAAAUUAGAAGCACAGAUUAAUGCCAUUUUAGUGAAAAAUCACUCUACGCUGGAUCUUAUCGAUCGGGUGUCGCAAGCCGAAGAGAAGGUCUCCCUAGUCAAGCAAGGCACCACUAUGGAGAGGAAACAAGUCCGGUGGAAUGCAAAACGCAGAGAUGACCUAGCAUCGAGCAUCCGAGCAAGGAGAGAAGCCAUGGCCCUAGGGCGUGAGAUUCAGGCUAAGGCGCAUAGUCACUUGCCAGAUGCGAGAUUGAAAAUGAGUUCUAGUUCCUCGUUGCUGGACAAAAAUGAUGAGGAUGUCAAGGGACAGAUCCGCCGUAUUUGUGAAGAUUUAUCGGUUAUAUACCCAAUAGAGCCUAUUGCGGGAAAAGCUCUCGCUUUUACAGUCGCUGGACUUGCUCUGCCCAAUUCUUCUUUUGGUGACAUCGAUCGAGAAUCGGUAUCAGCGGCUCUGGGGUAUACGGCGCACCUUGUCUAUCUUCUGUCGUUCUAUCUCUCAGUCCCUCUGCCUUACCCAGUCAAGCCGUAUCUAUCGAAUAGCAUCAUUCAGGACCCCGUGUCCAUUGCUCUUCCACGACGGACUUUCCCUCUCUACCCGGUAAACGUGCAGUACCGCUUCGAAUACGGUGUGUUUCUCUUGAACAAAGACAUUGAAUUUCUCAUGAGCCGAGCAGGUCUGCGGGUUCUUGAUAUUCGCCACACUCUACCCAAUCUCAAAUAUCUACUUUAUACACUAACGGCUCGGACGAGUGAGCUGCCAGCUAGAAAAGCUGGCGGGUUCCGUGGGCUCCUUCUAGGACGCCGGACCCCGACGCUAUCGAGACAAGGGAGCCAGGACAGCUUUGCCAGUGGUGAGAUGGCCCUCUCACAUCAGCUCUCGUCAGACGUGCAAGUCAGAACACCGCAAGGCAGUGAUGAUGGCACUAAGGCUAAGGCGUCGUUCCCCAAAGUACAAUCUUUCACGAAGAUGGCAGCCCCGGUGGUGAAUGGCCUGGGAUGAGCAAUAUAAUGGCAAAUUCUGAGAUCUAAUACGGUCACAUUAGUCAUUAUCCUGAAUCCGAACUGUACAACGGGAGAUCCUAUGUCUCCUGAGCGGCCAAUUUGGUCGAUGAAAAGCCACGUCGAAGGGCAAGCUGGUUACCACGGUUAAGCUGUAAAUCCCGCUUUAAUUGUUUCUUAAACCUUGAUAUGUUUCACCUAAACAUUCAUCGGAAUAACUAUUUCUACACAAAAAGAUUCAAUAUCUUAGCGUACAUCCCCUUGUAAAAGAUCAAAGGAACAAUAAAAGGUAUAUAGCAU